UGCAGCUUGUCAUGAAAACGCCUACUCUUAAACAGCCAAAACAUCUUUGAAACCCCAGAAAAUAAUUUUCAAAAGUCCAUUGCCAUUAUAAGGUUAGGCUGUUGGCGUCUCUUGCCUAAAAUAGGGAUUCCUUUAUGCAUAAAACAUUAGUUAAAUCAAUCAUUAAUUGUUGUAUUUCGUUAGCCUAUUAUAGUCUAUUUGCAACAAAAUAUAUUAUUUUAUCAAACAUCUUUAGUGGGAUUAAUCAAAGUUAAACAAGCUUAUCUUGUUUAAAUUGGCAUGAGCUGUUAAAGAUAUCUAAGCUUAAAAUAUGCAGGGUCAAGGUAUGGCAUUGAAGGAGCCGUAUAAAACCCCUCUGCUCCUCAGUGCUGUUGCUAUCGAAGUUCAGUGACGCUCUGAGUCUCGGAUAACGACGCCAGCCCCUCUCGGCCCAACAUACAGCAUGGCGUGGUUUUUGUGCAUGUGUGUAUUCUCUGUGGUCGGGCUGGGUCUACUGCUCUUGCAGGCGAAACUUCGAAGGUCCCUGGAGACCAGAGGGGCCCCCCCGAGCCUGCCCGCGUUCCCACUCAUCGGGAGCCUGUUGAGCCUGCGAAGCAAUCAGGCACCGCAUGUCCUCUUCCAGAAGCUGCAGCAGAAGUAUGGACAGACCUAUUCUCUCAUGAUGGGCGCACACACAGUCAUCCUUGUCAACCACCACCAGCACGCCAAAGAGGUCCUCCUUAAAAAGGGGAAAAUCUUUGCAGGGAGACCCAGAACAGUAACCACAGACAUGUUGACGAGGGACGGUAAAGAUAUUGCCUUUGCAGACUACGGUGCCACUUGGAGAUUUCAUCGUAAAACAGUGCAUGGAGCCUUGUGUAUGUUUGGUGAGGGCUCUGCCUCCAUCGAGAAGAUUAUAUGUAGGGAAGCCCUCUCCCUGUGUGACACUCUGCGAGAGUCAGGGAGUGCAUCGUUGGACUUGUCCCCAGAGCUGACAAGAGCUGUCACCAACGUGGUCUGCUCUCUCUGCUUCAGCUCCUCCUAUUGCCGCGGCGACCCCGAGUUUGAGGCCAUGCUGGAGUUCAACCAGGGCAUUGUGGAUACGGUCGCUAAGGACAGUCUGGUGGACAUCUUCCCAUGGCUACAGGUCUUCCCCAACGCAGACCUGCGUAUCCUAAAGCAGUGUGUGUCAAUCAGAGACAAGCUGCUUCAGAAGAAAUACGAGGAACACAAGUUGGACUACAGCGAUCAUGAACAGAGAGACCUGCUGGACGCCCUGCUAAGGGCCAAACGCAGUGCUGAGAACAACAACACCGCCGAGAUCACCACGGAGACUGUGGGCCUUAGUGAAGACCACCUGCUCAUGACCGUGGGUGACAUAUUUGGAGCCGGAGUGGAAACCACGUCAACGGUCCUAAAAUGGGCAAUUGCCUACCUCAUCCACCAUCCACAGGUACAAAAGCGAAUUCAGGAGGAGCUGGACAGUGUGGUGGGGGGAGACAGAACCCCCCAGCUCAGUGACAGAGGGAGCCUGCCCUACCUGGAGGCCACCAUUAGAGAGGUGUUACGCAUCCGGCCUGUUGCCCCUCUACUCAUCCCCCAUGUAGCCCAAACAGACACCAGUAUUGGCAAGUUCACUGUUAGGAAAGGUGAUCGCAUCAUCAUCAACUUGUGGUCCCUGCAUCACGAUGAGAAAGAGUGGAAGAACCCAGAGAUGUUUGAUCCUGGUCGCUUCCUGAACGAGGAGGGGACAGGUCUGUGCAUCCCCUCACCCAGCUACUUGCCGUUUGGGGCAGGGGUGAGAGUGUGUCUGGGGGAGGCGCUGGCUAAGAUGGAGAUCUUCCUCUUCCUCUCCUGGAUCCUUCAGCGUUUAACUAUGUCCGUGUCCCCGGGCCAGCCACUGCCCAGCCUGGAAGGAAAGUUUGGGGUAGUCCUCCAGCCGGUCAAAUACAAGGUCAAUGCCACACCAAGAGCAGGCUGGGAGAAGAGCCUUCUCCAGACAUCUUAGACCCCCCCCCCCCCC